AUGGCUGCCAUUCCUCUUUUUACGCCCUCUAAGCCAGCUCGAUCCUCACCGCGGACUUCACUAGGCACAACUCCAGGUAGUGGCACACCGCGACUUAAAAAGAGCACACCGAGAUUAAAGAGCACGCCUGGGUCAAACAGACAGCAGCCGUAUGCGAAAAGACAGGCCGCAAAGGCAGCAGCUUUACAGAGGGGGGCUGCGGAUGAUAGCGAGAUUCACAACGUCAGUGAUUCGGUGCAACUUGAGCAGUACGAGGUGGCAUCAGCAUCCACUCCUCGUGCGACUGUACGCUCCCUCAGCAGCAGAAAGGCAGCAGAUACAACAAGACCAUUCCGACUUACGGGGCGCAUCUCGGAGAUUCUAGAUCAGCCAGAUAUUGGAGAAGAGGAGCCGGCACAGACAGCACAGCCAGCAGGACCACAGAGGUCAGAGAAGCCACAGAGGCCAGAAAGCUCAACGAAGCCAACGACACCAGAAGAAGAAAAUACGGAAUAUGAAUUCGUCGGCUUCAAUGAGUAUCGUUGGGCAGGUGACUCCAUUGAGCUACAGGUAAAAUGGAAGAGAGAUGAGAAACACGACGAUAGCGAAGAAUGGAAAGACGCUGAAGAAUGGGAGAGCGGCAAGAUGACUUGGGAGCCCGAAAGAAAGCUGCACGAAGAUGCUCCCGAGUUCCUGUUUGAGUAUUGGCGCACACGAGGUGGACGGCCCGAGAACCCAACAGACCCAGGAUUGUAUGAGAUCUUUGGCGUUCUCAAGCACAACAGGAAUCGCACCAAAUUGCUCAUCGAAUGGGUUGGAUAUGAGCGCUCAGAAGCUACGUGGAUGCUUCGAAAGGAUAUCCCAAAAACGGCACAGGAUAUCGUGGACGCCUACUUUGCCGGUCUGAAGACUAAAGGCAAGAAGAAAUGA